GUUUUUAAAUUUUCGCGCUCUUGGCGCCUGAUCAAUGUUUACUCUCUCUACUUCAAAGUAUUGACACCAGAGUUUUGCAGUCAGAUCAGAGCUGUCAGUGAAAUUGGUUUUUUUCAAAAAAGGAAAAUUAUACAGAAAGAUGUCAUUGAAUCCUAGAUUUAUUGCAAGAACAGUAUUAGUUCAAAAUAAGGAUGUCGAUGCAGCGUGUCGAGUUUUAAACCGAAUUAUGGGAAAAGAAGGAAUGUUUGAUCAAUUCCGCCGCACGAGAUAUUAUGAAAAGCCAUUUUUAGUUCGACGCAGAAUUAAUUAUGAAACUUGCAAAGCGAUUUACGAUGAAGAUAUGGGUCGAAAAAUCAAUUUUGUAAUGCGUACGAACAGAACAAGCCCUCAUCCUGGAUGGAUGUAAUGUAUGCAAAUAAAAUUUAGUCAAUUUUUAAAA